UUUGCUCUCUUAGUUUCUCUCAAAUCUAGAAUUUAAUGGCCUUUCUCUCAGACUCUCCAAAGAAAUGUUGUAUGGAAGGGGUCAUUGGGUCCCUAAUUCUCUCCCUAGUUUUGCCAAAAAUCUUCAUAUCUUGGUAGUGGAUCAUGAAACCUUGUCUCUCAAGCACUUGAGUUCAUUGCUUAGGCAGCAAUCUUACAAUGUUACGACCACUGGACUAGGAUGUAUUGCUCUAUCAAUGAUUCAAGAAAAAGUUAUGUCUUCAGCGGUGAACUUGAAGGUAGCUACGAAAGCAUUGGCAGAAGGAGGGUGUUAUUUUCUUCAGAAGCCUAUUUCUAAGGAUGAUCUAAAAUAUGUAUGGCAACACAUGUAUCGGAGGAACAUAAACAUAGCCAAGCUAACCUAUAUAGCAAAUUGUGGAGAAAAAGCCAAAUCUGGAAAAGAAUCUGUCGGUAUCCAAAACGACAACACUGUUGUUUUGUCUCGGUUCACCAAUGCAGCUAGUUAUAAUAAUAAUUGUAGUAUUAACUAUCAACUUAUGAGCUAUAAUGGAAAAGUGCAAAACACGCCAACGAAUUCCCAUGAUUCCCUAGUUGCUUCAUACUUGGGAGGAAACAGAUCAACGGAUGACAUAGAAGGAACAAACAAGGAGGAGAGAGUUACAUGUUACUCAAAACCUACCAAUUUUGGACACACAAGAACUCAUGAGGAUAAUGGAAGAGGGAAGGAAUAUUUUAUUUCCCGUAAUACCAGAUCACGUAUCGUUUGGAAUGUGGAACGACGUCUCAAGUUCUUUGACGCCCUCAACAAGCUAGGUGAUAAAUGUCGCCCAAAACUUAUACUUAAGUUGAUGAAUGAACCAUGCUUGACGCUGUGCCAGGUAGCUAAUCACGUGCAGAAAUACAAAGCACAAGUAGAGUCCAUGAAAAGGGGGAGAAAAAAUAAAUUAGCUCCAUGGAUGGAAGCAUCCAAAUUCAAUUUCUCGGUCCGGACUCAACUUCCUCCGUUAGUGCAAACGCAGCAGAAUCACGAGGCAAACAAAUCUACACCCGGAGGUUCAACCUCUCUUUCAGGAUGGAAAAGAUUCCGACUUAUUGCUCCUAAGCCUGUGCCUAAUCCUAGACUACUUGUUAGCGCCAACUUUGUAAAUCAUGGUCUCAGAAUGCUUGACCACAAUUUUCAGCAUGUUGGUUCAAACUACAAUUCAGUUCCAUAUAGCAUCAAUAAGAUGACUCUAGAGGUAACUUCUUCUCGUGUAUUUAAUGAAAUUCAGUUCUCAGAUAUACAUCAAGCUGAUGUAGCUCAGCAGCUAGAAGCAAUGGAAUUUAGUGGCACAUCAGAAGGGAUUCAGUUGAUGUCAAAGAACAUCGCUUUACUUGAUUCAACCAACUUGGACAAUGUUUCUGCAAAUUUUGUAAAUGAAGAAAGCCAACAAUAAUUAGCAAAAUAUGAUUAUCUCUUAAAUGUUUUAGAAGACGAUCCACCUGACUUUGGCAGCGACUUUGAUAUGAGUGAUGUAGAUAAAUACAG